CAAUGUCUUAUAACUUCAAAACUAUACGUCCUGUUAUGCCUGCUAAAGACAUGAUAAAUGUGAUUUUAUCAAAGACACAAAGAAAAACACCUACAGUAGUCCAUCCUGGAUAUGAUAUAUCUAGAAUUAGAGGAUUUUAUAUGAGAAAAGUAAAAUUUACAUAAGAAACCAUUCAUGAGAAGAUAGAUACCAUUUUACAAGACUUUCCAAAAGUAUUUGAUAUUAUUAUAUAAUAUAGUUAGAUGAUAUUCAUCCAUUUUAUGCAGAUUUGAUUAAUGUAUUGUAUGACAAAGAUCAUUAUAAAUUGGCAUUGGGACAUGUACAUGCUUGUAGAAAUGUGAUUGAUAAUAUUGCUAAAGAUUAUUGUAGAUUGUUAAAAUAUGGUGAUUCCUUGUACAGAUGCAAAAUGUUAAAGAGAGCAGCAUUAGGUCGUAUGUGUACCACACUUAAAAAAUUGACCAGUUCUCUUAAUUAUUUAGAUGAAGUUAGAAAACACUUAUCUAGAAUGCCAGCUAUUAAUCCAUUUGAAAGAACUCUCUUAGUAACUGGAUUCCCUAAUGUUGGAAAGAGUAGUUUUGUAAAUAAUAUAACAAAUGCUAAUUUGGAUGUUCAACCCUAUCCAUUUACAACUUAAAAUCUUUAUGUAGGACAUACUGAUUAUAACUUUGUUCGUUGGUAAGUAAUAGAUACUCCAGGAGUCUUGGAUCAUUCAUUAAGUGAAAGAAACCCUAUUGAAAUGUAAGCAAUAACAGCACUUGCACAUUUAAAGGCCUGUAUUAUGUUUUUCUUGGAUAUCUCAGAAACAUGCAGUUAUUCUAUUGAUCAAUAGAUAGCAUUAUUCAAAGACUUAAAACCACUCUUCAAAAAUAAACCAUUAUUAUUAGUUAUGACUAAAAUAGAUAUUAAAAAAUUUGAAUAAUUAGAUCCAAUUGAUUAAUAAAAGUUAUAAGAUGUUAUUCAAUCUGAAAAUGUGUUCUAGUAUUAAUUUAAAAUCUAUUAUAUAGUUCUUAAUUGAGUAAUAAAUCAGGUGAAGGAAUAGCUUUAGUAAAAGAAAAAGCUUGUGGUUUAUUAAAUGAAUGGAGAUAGAAUCUUAAACCUGAAUAAUUAACAGGUGGAAAUCCAAAUCUUUUAAGAGAAGAAUCAAUUCUUUAAGGUGUCUACAUUGCUUAACCUAAAAGAGUUAAUCAAAAAAGAAUGCCAGUAAUUCCUUAAGUAAUGGGUAAAUUAAAUAGACCAACAUUGAAAGAUGUAUAAGAAUAAAAUGGUGGUGCUGGUGUUUUCUCAUUCCCAUUAUAAGGUAUAAUUAUAUAUUAAUUAAUUUAAUAGAACAUUUUUUAUUAGAAAAUCCAGAUUGGAAAUAUGAUGCUGUUCCUGAAAUUAUGGAUGGUAAAAAUAUUGGAGAUUUUGUUGAUGCUGAUAUUUUAUAAAGAUUAGAAGAAUUAGAAAAGGAAGAAGAAAUGAUGGAUUAAGCUGAAAUUGAAGAUCCAGAAGAAGAUGAAAGAGAAGAGAUGUUAUUAAAUACAAGAGAUUAAAUUAAUAAAAAAAGAGAAAUGAUUAAAGAAGAACAUCAUAUGAAAAUGAAAUAAUAAGUUAAAUUACAUAGACCAAAUUUGGAAGAUGCAAAAGAAGAUUUUGCUAAAAAAGGAAUUGAUACUACAUUUUUAGAAUAAAGAGCAUAGAAAUUUGCUGCAAAGAAAGUUUUAUAAAAAUAAAAAAGAUAAUAAUAAUCAUCAGAUGAUAGUGAUGAUAAUGAUAUGGAUAUUGAAGGUAAUGAUAGAAAUCAAAGAAAAGGAAGAGAUGCUUUAUCUAGAAGUAGAAGUAGACUUAGAGAAAUCUCAAGAAGUAGAAGUAGAGGUAAUAAAAAAGUACUUACUGCUUAAGAAUAAGUAAUUUAUCAUAUUUAAUAUUAUAGGCUAUGGAAAGAAUGUCUAAAAAAAUAUAAAGAAGAAGAAGAAAUGAAGCUAAAGCUGGUGAUGGUGAUACUAAAAUAGAUUGUAAAAUGCCUAAGCACUUAUUUACUGGUAAAAGUGGUAUUGGAAAAUAAUCAAGACGUUGA